GCGAGUGAUUGACAGGUGCGGGCUGUCACUCAUCCCCGGGGAUCAAAGGCGGCCGGCAGCCGCUGGCGGCAGCUUUGCCCACCGUCUCCGAAGCGGGCGCAGUGUUUGCAAACACCUCCGGGCUCUCCCCGCUGGUAACAAUUCGCCACCAGAAAACAGCAACAUUCAGGAGAACUGUGAACACCAUGGCUUCAAAAGUGCAGGUGUUGUGCUGGGGCCAUGCUAGUUUGGGACAGCUUGGCUUGGGUGAGGGACAUGAAAACAUAGUCGCCCAGCCCAGGACCUCCUCGUUCUUCAGCAGUAAAACCGUGCGGGAAGUGGCCUGCGGGCGAUACCAUACGGCUUUCGUUUUGCAAGACGGAAGUGUCUACACAUGUGGCUCCAACAUCUGGGGACAGCUGGGCCAUGAGAAGUCAGGGUACAGUCCAGAACAGGUUACCGCUCUGGAUGCCCAGACGAUCGUCCACACAGCCUGUGGAGAAGCUCACACUGUGGCUAUCAAUGACCAGGGUCAGGUCUUUGCAUGGGGAGCAGGAAAAGACGGUCAGCUGGGGAUCAAUUCUACAGAAGAGACUAUCCGGAUACCGAGGUUAGUCCGGACACUGAGUGGACACGUUGUCAUCCAGGUCACCUGUGGAAGCUGGCACUGCCUGGCUCUUACCAAAGACAGUCAGCUAUUUUCCUGGGGCCAGAACUCCCAUGGCCAACUAGGUCUUGGGAAGGGAUUUCCCUCCCAGUCCAGCCCCCAGUGUGUGAAGUCUCUCUCCGGGAUUCCCCUGGCUCAGAUCGCUACAGGAGGAACACACAGCUUCACCCUGUCGCUCUCCGGUGCUGUGUUCAGUUGGGGCAGGAACAACUGUGGUCAGCUUGGACUCAGUGAUGACAAAGAUCGAGAUGUCCCCAAUCACGUGAAGUUCCUGCGGAGCCAGAAAAUAGUUUACAUUAGUUGUGGCGAAGAACACACAGCAGCUCUAACCAAGAAUGGAGGUGUUUUUACUUUCGGAGCUGGUCUCUGUGGACAACUGGGCCACAACUUCAGGAACAAUGAGGUCAACCCCCGCAGAGUCCAAGAGUUGAUGGGAAGCGAAGUCUCCCAAAUAAGCUGCGGCAGGCAGCACACACUCGCCUUUGUCCCUUCUUCUGGGCUAAUCUAUGCUUUUGGACGUGGCAACAGAGGUCAACUGGGAUCUGGACGCAUGGUUAAUGCCCAGGUUCCAUAUCGAGUGGCUGGAAACUGGGUAACUCAUAAGCACAAGGUGCAUCCUAACGACCAGUCAAGUUACUGCGUACUGAAACAGGUCUCCUGUGGAGGCGAUCAGAGCUUUGCCCUCUUCUUUCACCACGAGAACUCGCAAAUCCCUGAUGACUUCCGCUGCUUGGAUCCUUUAAGGCGUGUCAGGAUUAUUAACAAUAGCAAUAAUAAGUGGCUACUCAGCCUUUCGGGAAAGGAUGUGCUUAAUGAAUUGAACGUGAUAUUUUUCUUCACCUGGAUGUUUUGAAUGGCUGUUUUCUUAACCACCAAAAUGAUGAGCAUUUCAAAACCAGCCCUCGAAACCCUGGCAUUGACUUGAAUGCAGUCAGGUUAUUUUUUGAGAACAUGGUGAAGUCUCCGUAUUGCAAGUUACUCCAACAGG